CAGACGUUUCCUUCAUCGGUGGUUUUCUGAGACGACAUCGAUACAAUCAUGUCCCACGAGCUUCACAUUUUUGGCUCCAUCAAUGGCGUUGAGUUUGACAUGGUGGGCCGUGGCACCGGCAACCCCAAAGAUGGGUCCCAGGAGCUACAAGUGAAGUCCACCAAGGGUCCCCUCCCCUUCUCUCCCUACGUCCUCGCCCCUCACUUCGGCUAUGGCUACGACCAGUACCUGCCUUUUCCCGACCAAGGGGUGUCGCCUUUCCAGGCCACCAUGCAAGGCAGCUCGGGGUACCAAGUUAUCCGCACGGUGCAUUUUGAAGACGGUGCCAUCCUGAGUGCUCACUUCCGCUACACCUACGAGGGAAGCCACAUCAAAGGGGAGUUUCAGGUGAUCGGGGGCGGUUUCCCUGCUGAUGGCCCGGUGAUGACCAAAUCACUGACGGCUAUGGACUGGAGCGUGGCCAAACUGGUGUCCCCUAACGACAACACCGUCCAGAGCACCAUUGACAUGGCAUACACCACUACCAGCGGUAAGCGCUACCAGAGCACUGUGCGCAACAUCCACACCUUCGCCAAGCCGAUGACCGCCAGCAUCCUGCAGCAGAAGCCGGUGUUCGUGUUCCGUAAGACGGACCUCAAGGCCAACAAGACCGAGGUCACCUUCAAGGAGUGGCAGAAGGCAUUCACCGACGUGAUGUGAGCGUCCAGUGUAUAACAUUUGCUUGAAAACACCCAAAAAAACUUCAUACUGAUUUUCUAGCGAUACUCAAAACUGUACAUGUAGAAUGAAGACGAAAAUAGCUUUGUCAUCAGGACAAUUUGAACGAUGUCCUUGCCUCCCUAUAUCAUUU